AUGGCGGUGGAUACCCUCAUCGACAGCUUCCUAAGGCCGGAUAACCCUGACGAAGCUCCCCGCCAGAUUGUGUCGCUGGGCGCGGGCGGGGAGGAAGGGGCCAGGUCGAGCGUGCCCGGGCUAAGGACCGACAUCCCCACACUCCUGGUGUCCGAGUGUUGUCUGUGCUACCUUGAAUCGUCCGAGGCAGAGCUAAUCAUAAGGUGGUUUACGGACAAGAUCCCCAACAUCGCAAUACUAAUCUACGAGGCAGUUAGGCCCGAUGACGCCUUUGGGAAGAUGAUGGUGUCUAAUCUUGCGGCAAGACGAAUCCGCAUGCCGACCCUUGAGAGGUAUAGGGAGCCAGGUGACCAGCUCAAGAGGCUAAAGGACGCUGGCUUCUCCACAGUCAAAAUUUUGACCGUCCACGACAUCUUCGAGUCGUGGAUACCUCGGGAAGAGAAGGCCCGGCUUGAUGCUUUGGAAGGUCUUGACGAGGUGGAGGAGUGGAUCCUUCUUGCCAAUCAUUAUAUUGUUGCGUGGGGUUGGACUGGGGCUGGGUUUAGCAUGGGUGAUGAGAAUGGUGGCAUGCAACGGCGACGGCCAAUUGAUUGA